UUCUUUCUGUGCUGAUAGCGCUCUCACAAAGAUGGUGAACGUUCCGAAAACCCGGCGGACUUUCUGUAAGAAGUGUGGCAAGCACCAACCCCACAAAGUGACACAGUACAAGAAGGGCAAGGAUUCUCUGUAUGCCCAGGGAAAGCGGCGUUAUGACAGGAAGCAGAGUGGCUAUGGUGGGCAGACUAAGCCGAUUUUCCGAAAAAAGCCUAAAACUACAAAGAAGAUUGUGCUGAGGCUAGAAUGUGUUGAGCCCAACUGCAGAUCUAAGAGAAUGCUGGCUAUCAAGAGAUGCAAGCAUUUUGAACUGGGAGGAGAUAAGAAGAGAAAGGGCCAAGUGAUCCAGUUCUAAGCUUCAUCUGUUGUUUUAUUAUGAAGACAAUAAAAUUUUGAGGUUAUGUUUAAAAAAAAAAAA